AUGUGCGUGACGAGUACAGGUGUGGCCACAUUGGCGUAUGGGAUAUGUGGAAAAGAGGUCGACAUCGGCUGGCCGACUCCCCUCUCAAUCACUGGGGCCGCAUUGCAUGGAAAGGACAAAUUGGGCCUUAUCUGUUACCGCCGUGUUGCGAGGUGCGCUUUUGGGUGCAUGUCAGCUCGCCAGUUCGACAGUUCGCCAGUUCGCAUGACUACCUCAAACAGCAUUCGACAGUGUUUGCCUGUCGAGCACAGCCAGACGGCGUCGAGGCAUGCGUCCCUCUCGUGCCUCUCGUGCCAACCGGUAGCACCAACAAGUUGUCCGGACAGUAGCUGCUACAUGCUCAAGCGUGAAGAGCACGAGCUGGCCGAGCAAAUGCGCCAACUCGUCUGGCUACAACUAUUUGAUCAGUGCGUCAAUGAGGCCCAAUUGUAA